AUGGCAAACGCUUCUUUUGGCGAGGAUAACCUCAACUCUGGAGAUGAUCAAACUAAUUUUGGAUUACAUGUCAUCACGGGUCAAGUUGAGUCAACAGUUCAUGUCUUCAUGGCCAUCAUUCUUGUCAUGAUUCUCAUUUUUCUUGCCGUUCAUAUAUUUAUCCGAUUCCACUACAAAGCAAAAACCGAAUACGCCCUAAACGAACUUCGAGAAAAAUACGAAAGAAAUGGGAAAGGACCAUCUGCAUUUGCAUUGCCAAAAGAUCAAAAAGCUAAAGAUGCGACACCGAAACAAGUGGAAAUACUCAUGGAUCCAGAGCAACUGGCUCCAAUAGUUCACCACGUGGCACUUGCUCCGGCAGGAAAUGUUGAGGAGCCGAAUAAGAAUAUCUGCUACAAACAGAAUCCUCGGAAGCCAGUCUGA